GUGAGUGAGGAAGGAGCAGUGCGUUCACACUCAGACAACGACACACACACACACACCAGACAGACACACAGAGGGAGCGUGUCCCUCAGUGUCUCACACCAUCACCUGGCCAGGAGCUGCUCCGCUAACUGGCUCCCCAGCUCCUGCUGCCUCCGGACGAAGAUGAGGACCAGUUUUACCCCGUCCCGGGGCUGUUCGGGGCCGCCCUGGAUAUUACCCUGGAGCCUGGUGGCGGCUCUGGGCUGCAGCUUUGCCCUGGAUUUGUCCCCGGCCCCAGGAGCGGGGAGAGCAGGAGGUGACUCCCGGCCGCUGAAGCUGACCAGCACUACGUUCGCACUCAGCGGGGACUCGGCUCACAACCAGGCGAUGGUCCAUUGGUCUGGCCAGAACAGCAGUGUGAUUCUAAUCCUUACAAAGCUGUAUGACUACAACCUUGGCAGUGUCACAGAAAGCUCACUUUGGAGGUCGACUGACUAUGGAACGACGUAUGAGAAACUCAAUGAUAAAGUGGGUCUGAAAACUGUGCUGAGUUACCUGUACGUCUGUCCUACCAACAAGAGGAAGAUAAUGCUUGUGAGUGAUCCAGAGAUUGAGAGCAGUGUCCUCAUUAGCUCAGAUGAAGGCGCAACCUACCAAAAGCACCGGCAAAGCUUCCAGAUUCAAAGCAUGCUGUUUCAUCCUGAGGAAGAAGAUUGGAUCCUGGCCUGCAGCCAGGACCAAAAGCUAUACAGCUCUAGUGACUUUGGAAGGAGGUGGCAGCUGAUCCAUGAACGCAUUACUCCAAACCGAUUCUACUGGUCUGUGAUGGAUUUGGACAAGGACCCGGACCUUGUGCACAUUGAAGCAAGGAACACAGCUGGAUAUGCUCAAUAUAUUACCUGUAGAAUUCAGAACUGUUCAGAAGCAGCAAGCAGCAAGCCUUUUCCAGGAUAUAUAGAUCACAAUUCCUUGGUGGUCCAAGAUGACUAUGUGUUUGCUCAGGUGACGUCUGGUGGACGGGUGGCUUACUACGUGUCAUAUCGAAGACAGAGCUUCACGCAAAUGAAACUCCCCAAAUAUUCAUUGCCUAAGGAUAUGCACAUUAUCAGCACCGAUGACAACCAAGUGUUUGCCGCUGUGCAAGAGUGGAACCAGAAUGACACAUAUAAUCUGUACGUGUCUGAUGCAAGAGGAGCUUACUUCACACUUGCUUUAGAGAAUGUGAAAAGCAGCCGAGGCCUGGAGGGGAAUGUUAUGAUUGACCUUUAUGAGGUAGCAGGGAUAAAGGGAAUGUUCUUGGCUAAUAGAAAGGUGCAAAGACAGGUUAAGACAUUCAUCACUUAUAACAAAGGACGAGACUGGCGACUGCUACAAGCUCCCAAUGUGGAUGCGAGAGGCAAUGACAUUCACUGCAUUCUGCCAUAUUGCUCUUUGAAUCUACACUUGAAUGUGGCACAGAAUCCCUAUACAUCGGGAAAUAUAGGCAGUAAGGACUCUGCACCUGGUAUCAUUGUGGCCUCAGGCAACAUCGGCUCUGAACUCAUAACGGAUGAGGAAAGUCACACUGGAGGCAUGUUCAUCUCAUCAGAUGCAGGAAACACCUGGAGACAGGUUUUUGAUGAGGAGCACAGCGUCUUGUUCCUGGACCAGGGAGGUGCACUUGUAGCCAUUAAACACACACCACAGCCAAUCCAACAUCUAUGGCUGAGUUUUGAUGAAGGUCAGUCCUGGAGUAAAUACAGUUUUACCUCAGUUCCUCUCUUUGUAGACGGAGUUCUGGGUGAACCAGGCGACGAGACGCUGGUAAUGACUGUGUUUGGCCAUGUCAGCCACCGCUCUGAUUGGCAACUUGUCAAAGUCGAUUAUAGAUCCAUCUUCAGCAGGAGAUGCAAUGAGAAUGAUUUUCAUUCAUGGGAGCUCCACAAUCAGGGCGAGCCUUGCAUUAUGGGGGAAAUACGGAUAUACCCGAGACGUCGGCCAGCAACUCAGUGCGCUCUGGGAAAGAAGUACAGUCGGGCAGUAACAUCAGUACCUUGUAUCUGCACAGAGUCUGAUUUUGAGUGUGACUAUGGAUAUGAGCGACACUCUGAUGGAAGGUGCCUACCAGCUUUCUGGUACAAUCCGUCUUUCGUGGCAGUGGAGUGUAGCAUGGGGCAGAGCUACUUUAACAGCACAGGUUACAGAAAAGUUGGCUCUAACAAUUGCACUGAUGGGGUCAGAGAUCAGUAUGCUGCCAAGCAGCAUCAGUGCUCUAGCCGGGCCCCACGGGGUUUACACCUCAUCACCAGCAACGGCAGACUGGCCACUGACUCAGGACAGAACAUCACCUUCAUUGUGCAUUUAGAGGAGGGAGAUGUGCCAAGGACCAGUUUACAGAUGGAGUUUGGCGAUGGGACCGCAGUGACCUACUCUAACCUCAGCUCAGUUGAAGCAGGAGUCAAACACAUCUACAAACACUGUGGGAUCUUUCGUGUCAUUGCUCAAGCAUGGAACAGCCUAGGAUCCACCCGAGCCCACCUCUUCCUACAUGUAACUUGUCCUAUUGAGCAUGUGCACUUGACCCUACCUUAUGUUGCAAUCACCAACCAGCAAGUGAAUAUGACAGCCGUGGUGUGGCCCAGUCCCAUUGGCCCACUCAUCUACUUCUGGUGGCUUGGGAACAAGACCGAGCCCAUCAUCACCCUUGAAGGGAAUACUUCCUUUGCAUUCUCUACAGAGGGAAUAAAUAGUGUCACAGUGCAGGUGUCGGCUGGGAAUUCCAUUCUGCAAGAUGUAAAGAGUAUAGCUGUUUUUGAUUCUUACCGCUCUUUGUUAUUGUCGUUUACACCAAACUUGGAGGAUUACAACCCAGACAUUCCGGAGUGGAGGCACGACCUCAGUAAGCUAGUCAAAAGAACUCUCAAACAAGUUACAGCUGUACCCGAGCAACAGAUGCUGCUAACCAUCCUCCCCGGUUUGCCAACUGCAGCAGAACUCUACAUCCUGCCACACCAAGGCCUUACAAAAGAGAAAUCUAAUAGUUUGGAUUUAGAUGAGAUUUUAGACCUGGUGAUUAAUGCACUGAAUCAGAACCGGGUUCAGUUUGAGCUGAAGCCUGGUAUUCAGAUCAUUGUUUCUACUGCUCAUCUUACAUUAGCCCCUCUAGUGGAUUCUAGCCCAGGACACAGUGGCUCUGCAUUGUUGAUGCUGUUAUCGUUGGCCUUUGUUGGCUUGGCUGUUUUUAUAAUAUACAAGUUUAAAAGGAAGAUACCAGGGAUUAACGUUUAUGCCCAGAUGCCCAAUGAGAAGGAGCAAGAGAUGAUAAGUCCAGUCAGCCAAAUUGAGAGCAUCCCCAACAUCACCCAAAAUGAAUUAACCAGGCCAGAGGAAUGUACUGGUGAUGACCUUGACAUACAGCAUUUAGGAAACAAUCCAACAGUCACUGAAAAUGAGAGCACAAAAGAGAUUCCGAGCUACGUUUAACACUGGGACCUGCUGAAUCCACAUUGGAGUUCGACUUUUCUAUCCUACAACACACAAGGUUUUAGCUUUAAAACUGUGCAUGUGGAUGGUAAUGACACAGAUUGCUUAUUGUAACUAUUUGGAUAAAAAAAUCUCUUUUCUAUUCCUUUAACAAAAAAAAAGAAAAAAAAUUAAUGUAAAUUGAACAAGAGAAUGUGGUGGUUAGGUCCUAAAAAAUAUGUACGGUACAUUCAAUGUAAGAGGUAAUGCAGUUACACAAUAGAGCACACGUACUUGUGAAAGGUACACUAUUGGGCAGGAUACAUUCUCGCUAUCUCCUUGGCCAUUUUUGGACUGUACAUUGCCAAUUCCUAAGCUUGACUCCCUGAAGAGACUUGCUCGAGUAAAAAAGACAAUCUGCAGGGAGGCCAGUAAGAAUGCGUUGUAGGUCAUUGACCAAAAGAACGACUUUCAUUUUACACAGAAAGCUGUGCUAGGUCUGGAAUGCACUGCCUGAAGGAAUCGUGGGAGCAGAUUCAGUAAAAACUUUUGAGAGGGAAUUGGAAUUGAAUUAUUUGAGAAGGCAAAAUAAUGCAGAGAAAGAUUUGGAGGGAUGACUAACUGGAUAGAUCUAUUAAACAGCUGGCAUGGAUAUGAUGGGCAGAACAAACUCCUUCCAAGUUGUACGGUUCUUUGACGUUUCCUAAUCAUUCAUAUAGUUUCAACCACCCUUCUUCACACCUACUUUAAAAAUCAGAGAAUCCAAAGCAUCAUGCAUAUUAAAGGUUUAUGGUAAGACUGAAUGAGAAAGUUACACUGACAAUACAUGGUUCUCCUACUUGCAUAUACUGCCUGGCAACAUAAGUUGCCUGCUGUUAGAUGUAGGUUCCUUUAAUUACUGAUAUAACCGACCUUAACCAGUACUGGCUGCUCCAAUCACCAGCAAAGUGUGGAAGCUCCCAGAAAUGUCCCUUGUAAUCCCUGGCACAGUUUUAGCUCAUUCCCAACGCCACGGCUUUCCGGAUUAUAAGUCUGACCUUGCUAAGUGCUGCCCCUGCCUAUGCUGGGUUACUAGAUGCACACAGUGCACCUACACAUCUCAAUAACGACAAUAAUCAAUGAAUUGUUACCUUUUAACCAGAAUGUACUGUAAUAUGCUGCAUGCUUACAAGAAACUGCACCAUCUGUACACCACUGAUGUGCUUGGUUUUCUUGUUUCAGUUGCAUAUUGUACUGUUAGAAAUUGUUGGUUACAUUAUAGAUCAGUUCACGGAAUUAGACUCAAAAUUUUUACAACAACUGAGAUGACAGAGAUUUACAAAAAUCUGGGGUCACUGGUUGAGUCAUCAUGUUUCAGCAGGAUGUGUUCCUUCCAAGUUUGAGUCAGAAAAUAACAAUCUUUAAAAUAUGGUAGCAAUACUUUAAUUGCCAGAAAGAGGAGCCAAACUCAUAAGUCCAUAAGAAGUAGGAACAGGAUUGCCAUUCAAACUUGCUCCACCAUUCAAUACAAUUAUGGCUGAGAUAACAUUCCUCACAUCCACUUCCUGCCCUUUCCCCAUAACCCUCGAAUCCCCCAUACACCAAGAAUCUAUCAAUUUUGGCAUUAAUUUGUUACUACAUUACACGUGUAAUUAUAGUGUAGAUGCUAGUUUAGAAAUGAAAAUCACUAAGAAACAGACCUGACUUUUGAGAUUGAGACGAGGGAUGUUGGAGAAAGAGUACUUAAUGCCUAAGUCUGACAUUCUUCCCAUCUGCUAUUCGAGUGGAGACAAUAAUUCCCUUAAUGCUUAGCACUCAUUUAAAGGAAAUACAGAUCCCAUUUAGUUUUCAUAGCUCAAUAUCCGACAGACAAAUAAGCCAUAGUAAACUAAAGUAGUAUCAACUUAUCAAAGGAAACCAAUUGGCAAACUUAUUAUAAGAACUGGGUUACUAAUGAAAUAUAUGACACCAUUAUUUGCAGAUUUCUAAGUUUCUCAGGGGCUGAGCUAUGGAAUUACAUACAAGCAGAACACAUAGGAUCAGGAGUAAGCCAUUUGGCCCCUGGGCCCUGAUCCACCAUUCAAUCAGAUCAUAGCUGAUUUUUUUUCAAGGACUCAGCUCCACUUACCCACUGCUCACUGUAACCCUUAAUUCUUCAUACUCCUCAACUGCUUCACUAAGCAGGGAAUUCCAUAGAUUCACAACCCUUUGGAAGAAGAAGUUCCUCCUCAGUUCAGCCCUAAACCUGCUCCUCCUUAUUUUGAGGCUACGUCCCCUCGUUCUAGCUUCACCUGCCUGUGGAAACAACCUCCCUGCUUCUCUCUUAUCUAUUCCCUUCAUAAUAUUACAUGAUCAGCCUUAUUUCUUGUAACUAUUCCUUCUUACCAAGGAGACACCACAUGGAUAGGCCUGUGGAUUAUUGAUUAAGGUGCCCCGGUAUUCCAAAACAAAACUUACUGCAGAAGUUGAAUCUCCUCCAUUCACAGUAGUUUUAGGUGGUCAAUGAGGUUCUACCAAAUUAUGUUGAUCAUAUGUGGUAGGUCAGUCAGCACCUGUAAAUAGAAGGGUUGCAUUCUAUAAGCGUAUUCUCCAUUAAACAGUGUAAAUAUACAAUUCGACUCAAUUCUUCAACUCAAAGGUAAAUGAAGACAUUUAAGCUUUCAAUAGCUGUUAUUUGAAGAAAGAUGUAUUUUCCUCAGAGCGAUCUUUCUCAAUUGGUUAAAGAAAAGUCGGGGAAGCCGCCUAUAUAGCCUAAAAUGAGGGUGCAUGCUGCUUGUGCAGGAUAGUAUUUAAUCCUCACAUUGUUGACACAUGUUAACAAAACACUGAAAUAAAACAAAGAGCUGCGGAUGCUAGAAAUUUGAAACAAAAACAGAAAUUAAUGGAGAAGCUCAGUAGGCCUGGCAGCAUCUGUGCCAAGGAACAGAGUUAGUGUUCUAGACUCAAUGACCCUUCUUCAGAAGAAGGGACAUUACACUGAAAACUCUAACUGUGUUUUCUGUCCAUAGAUGUUGCCAGACCUGCUGAGUUUCUCCACUAAUUUCUGUCUUUGUCUCAAAAAUCACUGCCUCUGUUUCCAGAUGCCGGUGCAACUGAGAGAAAUUAAAGAUAUUUAAGUUGCUUUCUCAAGCACAAAUAACGCAGAUGGGAUCUCUCCUCAUGUUACUUUUAUCUUCACAAAUAUUGUUUUAGUUACCCACCAUGCAUUCCCCUACCCCAAACAAAUAGCUUAUACCAGAAUCCAGUUAACUGACUUAAAUCUGUGCUUAAUUGGCCUAAAUAAACUCCUUAUUCAAAAUCAGAUUCUGUUCUGUCUUACAACAUGAGGAGUAUCCAUUACCUGGAUGUUUGCUGUCUGCACCCAUUCUUCAUAUGCUCAUGGUGACAACCUGCCUCAUUAUAUAAAAUAAUGAGUUUAAACUGGUAGGUUAUGGUAGUGCCCAGGCAAAGAGUGAAAUCUAGUAAAUCUGGACAUGAACGAGAUUGCACGUACAGUGGACAGAGAGUAGAAACAAAAGAAAAUCUGCACGAUGUCUAAUUAAAUCAGCUGAUCUAUAGGCAUUUUAAAUCUGUUAAAAAGUUAUAUGUACUUUUAUACAAGAAUUUGAAUCUGUUAAUAAAAAACUGAAAAUGCACACAGCUAUGGUAAUGAAUCAUACCUUUUGUAUUACUGUAACUUAUAUCUUUGAAAUGUGCAAAGAAUUUGAGGACAACUGUAAAACGUCAGGAAUUUUUCUGCCAUUGUCUUGGCUGUUUUGCUAAUUUUGAAGGGAAGCUGAUCUCUUUUGCCAUACCGCUGCAGUCUCCCAACACAGAGAAGAGAAUUCACAUUGGUUUGCUCCUCCCUUGGCAUCUUUCAAAUGGGGGAAUCAGCAGAGUCUCUUGCUAGUGAGAAGAUUCUUUCCGCCUCCAAGUUAAUCCGAGGUGGGAAUGCAGACGGUGCUCUUUCUGUUGAAGAAUUGGCCAGAAAUUGCAGCUGCACAAAUGCUGCUGAGACCCUGCAGAUGACAUCAGGUCGGUUCUAUUCUGAUGCCAACUGCUCAGUGGAGCACUGGCCUUGAAAGGCCCAGCAGAAUGAAAUUUAUCCUGCUGCAGAACUUUAGAAAAAGUAAAUUAAAUCUUAUGUUUGUGGCAGUGUUACCCUCCUACAGAGAUCCCAUUUUGCUUAACCCAAACACUGCAGCCUCUUUCCCACAGCUUGGCAGAUAGACAUUUAAUCUUCAAAUUCGCUGAAACAAAAGAGAGAAAUUGACAUGUAGUCUCAUGCAACACUUAAAGUGACCUACAGCGCCUGAGUGUAGUCUGACAAUCCACCCUGAUGUGAAGUAGAAAUUCCUUUCCAGAAGAUUCUGUCAAACAUCAACACCGUGAACCAGACCAGAACUUGCAAAGAAGUGAUUUUCUCUUCUCUGGAGCAAUGGGCACUGGCAAUGCCAAUCUGAGCUAAAUUCUAAACCCAAUAAGACGUUGUGGUGAAAAUGUGAUCAAUGGACAUGACGCAGAGUCAGAGCAGUUCUGAGGCCAAAAAAGGUCAAGGCAAAUGUAACCAACAAAAUAGAAAAGAAAGUGAUACUUGCACAGCUGACUAAUCUCCCAAUAAGCAAUGGCAUAAGAACAUAUCAUUGCACAAAUUUCACUGGACAGGCUGAACAGAGAAGCAUUAACUUAACACCCUUUCAGCCCCUCAGCGCUCUCUGUUUUGCAAUUUGAAUUUCUCACUUUUGUUCUUUAGACUUAAAUUUUCCCAAGCAAUAAUGUAUCUGUCUCAGUUUUGAGAUAGCAUCCUGGAAUCUAUAGCAUUAAAUGCAAUUUUUAUAUUCCACAUUCCAACUCACACUAAUUUUUUUUUUAAUAUGAGCUGUCAAUAUCAGACAAAGCCUAACCACUUUGUAACAUUACUUGAAAUGCACCGUUUGAGUGUGCCAUUAUUAAUGAUAAUCAGAGCUUGAAAGCACAUAGGCUGUAUUCAACAAUAUGACACAGUGAACUUUUUAAGUGGUUAAAAACAUUUAUUUCCAAGGAUGUAAUGGUUGUUUCAAAAUACCUGCGACAUUCAAUAUAAUGUUACUGAGGUAUUGAUGCUUCGAGGCUUGAGUUUGCAUAACAAAAUUAAUUUGCACAGUUUGGUACUUCAAGAAACUAAGGAAUUCCAGUCUGAUUCAUGUGAUGCUGAAUUUGGAACUAAUCACUGCUCUAAAUCAAUUCACAAGUACUGCAGGAAGAUCUCUAAUGCACAAGUUGUGAAAUGAGUGGGACAGUGACAUAGGAAACACUGUGUGUGACAGCAAUCGUUACCUCAUGUACUGAGUUCCCAGUGCCAUUCACAUCACUGAGAAUGGACCAGAAACCAGGUACCUCUGUAUACUGCGAGGAAAGGAAAAUGAAGAAAUUGCAGAUUAAUGAUCUUUAACUCAUACUUAUAGUAAUAUUUUUUGGUGUGCUGCAAUACAUUGGGAGAACAUGCAGAGUGUGCAAAGAUGAAGCAAUGAAAUGUAAUAAAAGCAAGGCAAUAUUGAAUUAUCUUUGAACACCUGUCUUCAGAGGAUGCUGGAAAGAAAAUGUUGUGCAUCAUUUUGGGAUGUGGACAAAAUUUGAGUGUGUCAUCUUUCAAUAUUUGAAUGUAUUGGCUUAUUUGCUACGAUUGGGAGCUUGCAUUCCCCACACCAGGCCUCUCUUCUUUCUUCUGGGAUCCUCUCUUUUGUAAAUGGUGUUAAAUAAAUGUCAAAGGUUCACUUCAGCAGCGAGCGUGCGAGCCCACGCUUAGUCAUGAGAAAAAUAGCAGCAGGCAGAUUGCAGCAGGACAGUGAACGAGAAACACAACUAGCAUCUUCAUGGUUUGUAAAUUAAACACCAAAUAAUGCAUUGAAUUUUUCCUUCCAUGUUCCUUAAAAGUGGCAGACCAACACUUCAUAGUCUUAAUAGAAACACCAAAAAUCCUGCAGGCCUCUCGCUUUCCAAUGAAGCUAUCUUCAACUUAUUUCUAGAGCCCACUUCUGCACCAUAUACUCCCUUUUGUGUUACAUAGUUCAGUCUGAAUUCCCCAUUUCAUCCAAACUGCCAUCUGUAGGUUGAGCCAAGGAAGAAGGUUGAGGAAGUGGGAUCUUCACGGUAACUGGAGGAACUGAAUCUUCAUUAUCAGCAUCACAAACCAGCCAUCCAGCCAACUGAGCUAACCAAGUAGUUGCAGACUGCAGUCGUAUGGCCAAAUAUCAGUGACCUUGACUUUUAUUACACAGUGAAGAAGAUCAUUGAAUCCUGUUUUAUAACAGUAAAAAAUAAAUAAUCUGUCUUCAGAUUUUUUUUUAAAUGGACGCUGCAUUAGGUGAACUUUAUAAUCGAUUUGUGUUGAACAAACACCUUGUGCCAAUGAUCGAGAGUGUGGUAUUGUGCCUACUGCUGUGAUACAGUGUUUUGCAUUUGUCAAAGCUUAUCCUGGUUGUUUUGCGGCUUUAACCAUCACUGUAUUUAUUAAAAAGGCCAAGACCUGACAAAAAUGUCUGUUGCUGUGCACGAAACGCAUUUCAAUUAAAAGUAGAAUUUUUUUAAGGAAAA